AUGGCUCCGAAUGAUCCCCAGCAUGCUGGCUGCGAGACUGCGCGUGAGGGCGUACCUGCUGAUGGUACUGCCACUCUGAAACGCGAGAACGAAGCGCUUCAGAGGGGAAUUCAGAAGAUGAAGGUGAUGAUUGCUCGUCGGGGCAAGGCUACUAACUGA